UCUCACUCUCACUCUCACUCUCACUCUCACAUCCACACUCUCGUCUCACACACGCACACACACAGGCACGUUCCUCCGAUUUAUCCCGAGAUUUUCACAGACGAGUGACUGAACAUGGGAAGAGAAUGAGGUGCAACCAGCGAUCAUGUCCCUCUCGUGCUCUGACUGCUUCUCCGACCUACUCUGCGGCGAGGAAUCCGGCUUCCUGUCCGGAGAUUCGCCGGAAUGCUCGUCGGACCUCCUCGAGUCUCGGUCUUGCGGCGAGGAAUCGAUAGCCGAUUUCAUCGAGGACGAGCGGAACUUCGUGCCUGGGUUCGAUUACCUCGCUAGGUUCCGCUCUCAGUCCCUGGACGCGUUCGCGAGAGAAGAAUCCGUUGCAUGGAUUCUCAAGGUUCAGGCUUAUUAUAAUUUUCAGCCAUUGACGACGUAUCUCUCCGUGAACUACUUGGAUCGGUUCCUUUAUUCUCGUCGGUUGCCGCAUACAAACGGGUGGCAAUUACAACUACUAUCUGUUGCUUGCUUAUCGUUAGCUGCUAAGAUGGAGGAACCUCUGGUUCCCUCGCUAUUGGAUCUUCAGGUGGAAGGUGCAAAAUAUAUUUUCGCACCCAGCACGAUUAGUAGGAUGGAGCUCCUUGUGCUUAGUGUUCUGGAUUGGAGGCUACGAUCCAUCACGCCGUUCAGCUUCAUCGGCUACUUUGCAUGCAAGCUGGAUUCAACUGGAACUCAUUAUGGGUUUCUAGUUUCACGGGCGACCGAAAUUAUUUUAGCUAAUAUACAAGAGGCUAGCUUUCUUGAAUAUUGGCCAUCUUGCAUUGCUGCCGCAGCCAUACUUUGCGCAGCUGGUGAAAUUCCAAAUUUGUCUCUCGUCAAUCCUGAACAUGCUGAAUCAUGGUGUGAUGGACUACACAAAGAGAAAAUCAUCGGAUGCUACCGGCUAAUGCAAGAAUUUGUUGUUGACAAUAGCCGGAGGAGGCCCCCAAAAAUCUUGCCACAGCUUCGAGUUACCAUUAGCGGGAGAGUGAGGUCUAGUGACUCAUCGUCAUCAUGCACAUCAUCAUCUAAUAAGAGGAGAAAAUUAAAUAAUUGCUUAUGGCCGGUAGAUGAUGAAAAAGCAAACUCCGAGGCCGAAGGGUAAGUGAAACGGAAAAAAGGACAAGAAAAUGAGGGUCCAAGUUGUCUAGAAAUUACGUCAUAUAGUUUUUGAAAGGGUUUUCAUAUCAAAUUGACUUGAGUGAUGGUGUAGAUUAUAUAGAGUGGUAUAUAUAAUAUAUAUAUAUAUAUAUAUAUAAUGCAUGUGAGAGAGUUUGGUGGGUGUGGAGAUGUGGUAAUUAUUAUUUCUUUUAAUGGGUGGCAUCGCCAUUCAUUAAUAAUGGCUUUGCACAUUCCCGAGGGAUUUGCUACAUGAUAAGUAUUUUGGUACGAGAGUAACCAAAAGUGAGUGACAGAGAGAGAGAGAGAGAGAGAGAGAGAGAUCGAAGUUGUUUAAUGGAGGAGUGAUGGAGUGUGAAAGAAGUGGAGAGUUGAAUUCAAAGGGGGUGUUGAUUAUUGAAUGAAAGAAGGGACGGUGGGGGGGCCAUGUUCUAUAGGGUGGCGGAAAGGCUUGGGCAGUUUAAUGGGAUUUACUAGUCAAGCUUCUCAUCUAGCCACCAUCAUUGCUUCCUUCAACUGCAGCGUCUUUUCAUGAUGGGGAGGGGAAUAAGAUCAUUGCCUCCAUUUCAUUUAUUUUAAUUUGUUUCUAUUUCUUUUCGGUUUUUUUGCGAGUGGCUUGUGUGCACACGCUUUAUUUGUGUGACACACACGUGUGUAUGAGUGCUUUUUUGGCGGCAACUGCCUUUUUUUUUUCUUUCUUUUUGGUCUUUUAUUUGUUCUUAAAAUCGGCAUUGGGCUCGGCCUAACCUUUCCUAAAUUUCUUUUUGGGUGUUCACCAGUACUGUGUUUGGUACACGUGUGUAUACUCUUUUUUUUUUUUUUUUUUUUAAUUUUUAAUUUGUUCUUUUGUUUUUUUGGGGAGAUAGAGGUGAAAGUGAAACCUCUUGUAGUGGCCUAAGUUUGGCCUAACAGAUAUACAAAGGUCUUUGGGGCCUUUCUUCAUGCGUGCUGUAUGUGAUCGAUACAUCGGUAUAAUAAA